ACUAAAUUCGAUAAAAAUUCGAUUUAGCUCAAUAAAAUUUUGACUCGUCAAAAUUCGUUUACUAAACAAGUUAAAUCUGAAUUUCUUAAUACUCAGCUCAAAUUUAAAAUAAGUAAAAUUUAAAUUCGAUUCGAGUUUGAAAAAAUUUUAACCAACCAAAUUUGAGCUCUGCAAAAUUUGGUUAGCUGUAUUCUUUUAAAGCCUAGUAAAACACACUACUUAGAAAAAAUUUAUUAAGGUGGCAGCAAUUUUCUACCCUUUAAAUACCUCUCUCCCCUCACUUGCAACCAAACCCAAACUCUCUUCUCUCUAAUAAUCUCCUCCCUCUCUCUCUCACUCUCUCUCUCUCUCUCUCUCUCUCUCUCUCUGCGAAGAAAGAGAGGAAACCAAAAGGAGAAUCUCUCUCAGGAAAGAAAAAUAAACCAAGAAUCUAAAGUCUCAUGGAGAUAGAGUCAAGCACAAGAGAAGUAGCCAAAAAACUAUGGCAUGUAGUCCGUAUAGCAUUCUCCAUGUUAAGAAAAGGCUUAUCAAAGAGCAGAAUAAUGGUGGAUCUUCAUUUGUUGCUGAAAAGAGGUAACAAAUUGGCAGAGAAAGCCAUACUUGACCUCAUGUACCAUCACCAUAACUCCUCCUUCAGUUGUCGUUCCAGUGACUCUCUCUCCUUCAUAUCUCCACGAGAAUACGAAUUCAGCUGCAGCAAUAGCCCAUCUUUUCACCCUUUCCUUGCCCACAAACGCAAGCACCGCCACCACCACCACUUUCAUUUCACCAAGGCUUACAAAUACGACGAUGUCACCACCGGGGCUGCUGUUCAGAAGAUGUUUGAAAUGUUAAACAAUCAUGAUCAGGUGGUGGAGGCUUCACCGGUGGUGUUGCCUGGGUUUGGAAAGAGCCCAAUGGUGAGACAACUCAGAAUAACUGAUUCACCUUUCCCGUUGAAGGACGACGGAGACUGUCAAGUUGACAAGGCUGCUGAAGAGUUCAUCAAUAAGUUCUAUAAGGACUUGAAGCAGCAAAAAACUAGUGCUGCUUUUGAGCCACUGUACCAUGGCAUGUGGGUUAGAUGAUUUGAUAUUGUUUUUGCUGCCGCUUGCUCUCCGAGUCCGGUGGCCGGAAAACAACUGAUGUUUUGUCCAAUGGAAAGUUGGUUCACCUUCACUUCUGAUCGAGAUUCAAUUAUCUAGAGCUACUGAGCUAGCUAUUUGAUGCAAGAUCACCUGAUUAUUAACAAAUUGAAGGGCGAUGACAAGUUUUUUCAUGAUAAUAGAUGAGCUUCUGUUAGCUAAAUCACUUCAGAUGAUCCAGUGAAGAUGUGCUACUCUCUUAUAGAUCAACACAGCUUUUUCCGGCAACAACUACUAAUAUGUUUUUAAUUUUCACUUCCUUUUUCUUUCUAAUUUUUAUUUUUCAGUCCCUCUACAUUGGUUAUAUUGUGUUAUUGUAUUCUGAAUAUUGCAAAUCAUAGGGGAAAAUAUAUAAGAGAAUGGUUGAAAACCUUUUGUUU